CCGGCCGGGCCCGGGACCGGGAUCUCCGCGGGGACGGCGCGACCCCCCACCUGUCGGAGCCGCCGCCCCGCCGGCCAGGGUGCAGUUCUGGUAGAUGAAGCUGCCUUACCCAACCCUGGCUGUCUAUUUACUCCCAGCCUCCUGCCUCCUCAAAUCAGAAGAGUAAAGGUGGAGUCACACAGGCGUCGGGAUCAGCCUUCCUGGAGAGACCCAGCCUAGGGAAAGGCAUUGGAGGAAGCCCAUUGCCCAGCCUGUCCCAGGAUGGAAGUCAAGGGUCAACUCAUCAGCUCGCCCACUUACAGCUCCCCAGCCCCCCUGCAAGGGAACGUGAGUCCAAAGGUGAAGAUGGAGCGGCUGCGGGAGCUGCUGGAGAAGCAGCGGGGACUGCAGGAGGCGCUCAGCUUGAAACUUAAGGAGCUCCGGAAAGUGUGUCUGCAGGAAGCGGAACUGACAGGCCAGCUGCCUGCAGAAUACCCCGCGGAGCCCGGAGAGCGGCCCCAUCUCUUGCGGCAGCGGCGGCCCCAGCGGCCCGUGUGCCCCCGGGGGGCCAGGGCAGAGGAGCUGCAGCUCGAGGCGCUGGAACGGGAGGUGUCAGUGCAGCAGCAGAUCGCGGCGGCGGCCCGCCGCCUGGUCCUGGCCCCGGAGCUGAGCGCCGAGCAGCGGCGCCGCCGCCGGCAGGUCCAGGCCGACGCGCUCCGGAGACUGCAGGAGCUGGAGGAACAGCUCAGCGAGGGCCGAGCGCGCCUCGGGGCCGGGGCCGGGAUCCCGCCCCUCACCCCCGCCUCCUCCGCUGGCCCGGGCCCCGCCCUGGGCCCCGCCCCGCGCCUCAUCCAGCUCGGCCAAGAAGAUGCUCUGCAUUCAGAGAGCAGCUCUCUAUCGGAAUCAGCCAGCCAUGACAACGAUGAGCCCCACGGCUUCCCCUCAGGGAAAGGGGGUCCCCAGAUGGAAUGGCCCUCGCCCCCCAAGGCCCGGGAUCAGCUGCGGGCAGUGUCCGGAGGUAGCCCCGAGCGGCGCCCCGGCUGGAAGAUACCGCCGAACGAGCUCUGUGGGGACCUGCGGAACCGCCGUAACUCCGUGGCCAGCCCCACCAGCCCCACCCGCACCCUGCCCAGGAGCGUCUCCAGCUUUGAGGGACGCAGCGUGCCCGCCACCCCCGUCCUUACCCGCGGCGCUGGGCCCCAGCUGUUCAGGCCCGAGGGCCUCCAGAGCCUCCACGCCCGCCAGUGGUCAGGUAGCCAGGACUCCCAGAUGGGCUUUCCCCGCGAGGGCCCGUGGGACCGGACCGCUCUCUUCGCCGCCCGCACACGCCGCAGCAACAGCUCCGAGGCCCUGAUCGACCGAGGGACUGGGCCGCCACCCGCUCCGGCUCCCGCCCCGCCUCCUUUCAAGAGCACCGAGGCCCUGCACGACCGGGCCUUCUCCUCCCGCACGGCCGGCCCGCCUGAGCCUCCCCGGGCUUCCCGGCCCAGCUCGGCCGCCCCCCGAGGCCCCCGGGCCCCUCCGGCCUACGGGGACCCGCUAUCGGACUACUACCAGGAACGGGGGCCGGGGCGGAGCUGGGGGGACCCGGAAGGGCCCGGGCACCUCUCCCGACGGGAUGCGCCCCCUCUGUUCUACGUGGACAGUCCCAUGCUGCGCAGCAAAGAGAACCAUUCCCGGGUGGGGCGCACCAAGUCCUGUGGACCCCCGGAAGGGCCUCUUCCCUUCUGGGCCCCGCCCCCACCAGGCCCCCUACCUGCUGCCCGCUUUCGCGGCCAACCGGACCACGGGGAGCGGAGCGCCCACAAAGCCCUGGCCCUGGAGGGGCUGCGGGACUGGUACAUCCGUAACGCCAGUGCGUACCCACGGGGGGUGCUGGAACGGAGGGCGCCCCCCGGCCUCUACCCCGGCCCUCGUUUCUAUGAGCCGGGGCCCCCGGAGCUCUAUGGCUACGGCGCCGUCCCCCCCUUUCCCCAUUCGCUGAGCUUCACCGCCCCCCCGCUCUCUGGCAGACACUACGCGGACUUCCUGUGUGCGCCGGAGCUGAGCUCCCACUUAAGUGACCUGAAGUUAGUUGACGGGGAGCGGUCCCCGGACACGGACCCUAAUACCCCCGGGACGCUGGUGUAGCCCCCUCGGGCCCCGCAGGGCCCGCCGCCUUGACCGGAGUACCUGGGAACCUGCAGGCCGGGGAGCCGGGGGCUUCUGGUGAAGGUGGAGGGGCUGGCGGGGCGGGGCCGACGGAGGAUUUCCGAGGAGGAUGCGACCGGCUGCGCCUCGUCUCGGAGCAGGAGCGCGGGUCGGCCCGCCCACCGCCCUCUCCGCUUCGUCUCCCGGUGGCAGCUGGUGAGGGCGAGGCCUCUCCGCUUCCCCUUCUCCGGGCUCAAACCGCUGGCUGGUUUUAGUGGGGAAGCCUGGUUAAAGAGAUCAGAUCCCUCACCUCUGUCUGCACUCGUUCCCUGUCCUCCCAGCUUUCUUUUCGUUCUGAUUUACAUUCCUCGGCUGAAGUAGGGCCUCCGGUUUGAAGGGCCUAUUCCCGGUUUCUCACCUGUCUCCUACUUCCCUCCAAAUUAGUCUAGCGAAACUGUGACGUUGAAGUCUUGGGCUGCGUCCCUCCCGCCCCAAAGAACAGCCCUGGGGUGAGGGGGAGUCCUGAAGGUCGGAUUUGAGAGUCUCCUUCCCCUCGGUCCCGGCUGACCGGGCCCUCCAGCUCUCCUCUGGUUUCCAUCCUCUCUCACCCUCCAUCUCCUACCCGAUCUCCAUCCUUUGCAGAUGGGAGGUGAGCACUUUAGGGGAAAGGGCUCCCCAGUGGAGCCCAACUUCCUCCUCCGGCCUCCCAGGGCAGAGAUGGUGGGCUCUCGGCCUAAGGCUUCCCUCCUCUUCCCCGUGGCCCGGGGCAGCAGAGAGCAGGGAGAGGGUAACACCCCCAGACUAGCAGGGACUCUGCUUCACCCCUGCGGAGCAUCUGCUGUGAGCACUGGGAAGGCUGGCCCUUUCUUGGGGACCUGCCCUCUUAUCCCCUAUCUCCCCUCCCCUCACUAUUCCGGGGGCACCAGCUGGCUCUCCCAGAGCAGCAGGUUUACCUUGAGUCCCUGGUUGUGAUUUUAGCUGUGACCCUGCCUCCCUUCAGUCCGUGAGUGAGCCUCCAGGGGCUUUGUACUGCAACUCACGCAAGGUGGGAUGGAGAGUGUGUGUGUGUGUGCGCGCGCGUGUGUGUUUUGUGUAGUUGUAGAUCGUCACGGCUGCAGGUGAGUAUACGUGUGUGGAUGGAGUUGGGGGGGCCCAAAGCAUGUGCCAGCGGGCAUGUUUUUCGGUGCGUAUACUGCUGCGUUGUGGGUGGAGUAUGGCUGGAGGUUCGUAUUCAUGUCUUCCCCAGCAGGAUACACAGCUCCUGCCAUCCGUGCUCCUGUCACUUUUUAAACAACUCCGCACAAGAUGUGUUUUCUACUGUGUUGGUCAGGCCCUCACCCGAACUGGGGGGCUCUAGAGGAAGGGGGUGGGGGCGGGGCCAGGCCCCUGUCGCUCAGUUAUUUUAUCCUUUCUUUUUUGUACAAGGGUUUAGGGGCUGGCUAGAACCUGCACACUGGAAUGAGUUUCUAUAAUAAAGAUGUAAAUUGCACCACCCA